AUCAACGCAAUUCCCCUUCGUCUUCCCGCUUCCACCGCAAGCCCCACAGGUCUCUCUCGCCGCCGCACAAGCUCGUGUAACCCUAACCCUAAAACACUUUACACUCGCCUCCAACCCCACGCUCCCAUGGAGGGGCGCGGAGGCUAAGCGUAGCCAACCCCUAAACCAUAUCCCCAUGGAUUGAGCGGAUUCCCAAGGCAUGGGUACAAACCCUCUCCUGCAAGAGCUAGCCGCUGUGGUAGUGGCGGCGGCGGAUUCUGAACCACCACGGCCGCGGCCGCGCGUGGUGCGGAUCCUAGUGCACGAUGCUGACGCCACCGAUUCGUCCUCCAGCGAGGAUGAGGCGCGGCCGCCUCCUCGGCGGAGGGCGAGGGGUGGCAACAGCAGCGUCGGCGUGAGGCGCCACGUUAUGGAACCGGCCGGAGCAAGCUCGUCCGUUCGGUUCCGUGGCGUCCGUCGGAGGCCGUGGGGGCGCUGGGCUGCGGAGAUCCGCGACCCGCACAGCCGCCGCCGACUGUGGCUCGGCACCUUCAACACCGCUGAGGAGGCUGCCAACGCCUACGACGCUGCGAACAUCCGCUUUCGCGGUGCCAGCGCCCCUACCAACUUCCCUGCGGCCAGCUACUCGCCGCCUCCAGAGCCAGCCAAGCCUAUCAUCUCGCUGACUCCUGAACCCGGAAAGGUGAUAACCUUACCACCGGUACCUGUGAAGCAGACCUUCCCUCUGCAGGUGAAGGAAGAGGGUGGGAGCCGUGACGGCCAGGUCAAGGGAGGUAGCUCGGAGGUCAAGGCCCUUCCACCCAAGCGGGUGUGGGAGAUGAUCCCCAGCAAGCGCCAGAAGUAUCCGGGCUGUGCUGAUGGCUCUGGCCUGCGUGCCAUCCAUGCUGCCUCCCUCUAUGUGGAGGAGGUUGGUGGGGCCUGAUGGCCCAAGUAUCCGCAAUUACUAUUGGUAGAGGUUUCAUUGUCUAUCUCCGGGGAUUAUUAGAACUUGGUACUGUAUUAUUUUGGUUAGUGUUAAACUGUUGAUGUCAAAACCUAUGACUCUGGUUGUGUAAUGAUCGGUGGUGAUCUAAUAAUGUAUAUAUGGUGACAUUUGGUACUAUGUUCCUGAUCUAUGUUAUGCAAUGUGCGUACUUGAAUGUGGAA